AUGGCAGACGCCCUGAGCGAGAAACUGCUAGGGCCGGGAAAGGCAACGGAUCCCAUCGCCCUGGCGUAUUUAACACAUCUUGCUGGACAGCCAGUUGAUGCCAUACGAACCACGGAACCCCAACUACUCUCCCAAUCAUCGCAGUCACUACUACUGCUUAUCCAGUCACUGUCAAAAAAGUCGCACAAGCCGAUUGUCGAAUCAGCGGCCACUCACUCAUCGCUGCGUCAGAUGCUCCCUCUGCUAAGCAAGAGAACUAGCGAGUUGACGGAGACAGUCCCACGACUUGAUUACGAGGCAGAACUAUUCUCCACUGGGUUCAGCAAAGGUAGCGAGAACAACAUCAUCUCGGAGCGCAGAAAGGCACUCCGCCUCCUACAAAAUGCGGAGAGGUUAAUCGAUGUAAUGGAUAUCCCACCGCUUCUUAACUCAGCUGUUAAGUCAAAUCCCGUCAAUUACUCGUCAAGCCUAGAUUUGUAUGCACAUGUUCGCCGCCUUGCAUCCCUAUAUCCAUCAUCAGGCCUUGUCACAUCAGUUCUGAACGAGGCAAAUUCAGCGGUUAGGCAAAUGGCAGUUGAUCUCAUAACUACGCUGCAAACACCGAACCUCAAACUGGCCGCCGGCCUCCGCACAGUGGGCUGGCUCAAACGAAUUGUCCCAGAACUUGUUGCCAACACCCAAACGGAGGAGUCGUUACCUGCGAUAUUCCUAGUUUGCCGCAUUUGCACCUUGGUAACUACUUUAGAAGCGUUGGAUCCCUUAAAGCAACUCGCCGACGAGGAGCGAACGCGCAAUGUCAAGGCAUCCCAAGUUUGGUCUGGGGGUCAGCACACGGAAAGAUACCUGAAAAGGUUCAUUGAAGUAUUUCGCGAGCAUAGCUUCGGAAUUGUCUCGGUCUCUAAAAGCGUGGAUGCCAGCUUUUCCCACUCAUCGGCACCAUCUAACGAUCCCAUUCGCCCACUACCUUCAGUCAUAGCCAGCUUCCCGCUGCACUUGAUAGCGCUCCUGAUGGACACUCUCCAAAGCUACCUGCCUAUUAUCAAAGACCAAGCAUCCCGAGAAAGCAUCCUCACACAAGUAUUGUAUUGCGCGGGAAGUUUAGGCCGACUCGGCGCUGAUUUUGGAAUGUUCCUAUCGGCAAUUGGGAUGCCCGAAUGGAUAGAACUAGUUAAACGACAUCGGCUGCUAGCUGGGCGCCUCGAGUCCGUUAUUGGUGACCAUCGCAGCAACCAAUACAUCAGCUCUAAGUGA